AGCGACGAAUCUUACUUCUUUUGAUAGCCAUCUUUUUCAGACAAAAGAGGACUGCUCUGUGAUAUUCCAUUAAACGAAAGGUCCUUGUGUUGCAUCUAUGGAGAACAUGGUCAAGAUGUGGAGCAAUUUCAGGAGUCGAUGCCAAACCCUCUUCCACAACCGCGGUGCGGAGUCUAGUUCACGCACCCUGGACGUCGAUCGUGUCCAGUGUGCAGUGAACUUGGGCCGAGGAGCACGCCCAGUCGAGUCCCACAGAUCUCAGGCCUCCACAUCCUCACGGAGCUUGUCACAACAACCACUGGUUAAUGGGGCUCGGCGCAGUCACAACUGCGUGGCAGAUGUUCCUCAAAUUGUAGAGAUUACUGUUGACAAAGACAACGAGGACUUGAGAAGGGGCCCUGGUGGAAUCUCGCUCACACGGAGAGAUUCAUACUCGCGGCAUGCGCCUUGGGGAGGCAAGAAAAAACAUUCGUGCUCCACCAAAACUCAGAGCUCUUUGGAGGUCGACAGACAUUCUAGUCGAGCAAGGGGAGGUAUAGGUAGAAGGGAACGUCGCUACGCGGUCGGCUCCAUCCAGGAGAUAGGCGAUUCAGGAGGAGGUGGGCGUAGCGUAAGUACCCGUUCCUUGCGCAGACGGUUGAGGGACACCGUUGGCCUCUGUCUGCCUCUGCCAACUCACCGCCAGUCCAAGUCAACCAAGGCCCCAGUUGCCUCCAAGCGGAAGAUCCACUUAACAGAGCUGAUGCUGGAGACAUGCCCAUUCCCACCUGGCUCUGACCUAGCCAACAAGUGGCACCUCAUCAAACAACACACGGCUCCUGUCAGCCCGCACUCCUCCACUGCACUAAUGGAUGCCUUUGAUCCCCUGCACACUUCCCCCGAGGAUGAGGAGGAGCGAUUGCGCGAGCGCCGCAGGCUUAGCAUUGAAGAGGGAGUGGACCCUCCACCCAAUGCUCAAAUACACACUCUAGAAGCCAUAGCACAGAGUUCCUCACUUUACAAGUUGGGACCGAAGAUGACCCCAGGUGUAGGAGAAGGAUCAGGGGAGGGCCGGAGCUCUGGGUCCGGUGGCUGUGGUUCUGGCGGCUCAUCCGGGAUGAGUAUACAGGCAGGUGUGAGUGUAACAUCUCAGCCUGCGGACUGGGACUCUGAGGAGGACACAACCACCCUCUGCUUGCAGGCUCGUCGGCCCAAGCAGAGGCAUGCCUCUGGGGAUGGCCAUUCCUCACGGCAGCCUGGGCCCUGGAAAGUCCACACACAAAUUGAUUACAUUCACUGUCUGGUGCCAGACCUACUGGCUAUCACUGCACUGCCCUGCUAUUGGGGCAUAAUGGACCGUUACCAGGCAGAGGCGCUGUUGGACGGACGACCAGAGGGAACGUUCCUACUACGCGACUCUGCUCAGGAGGACUAUCUGUUUUCCGUUAGCUUCCGCCGCUACAACCGCUCACUCCACGCCCGGAUUGAACAGUGGAACCACAACUUCAGCUUUGACGCACACGACCCAUGCGUCUUCCACUCCUCCACUGUCACGGGCUUGCUUGAGCAUUACAAAGACCCUAGCGCCUGUAUGUUUUUUGAGCCACUGCUCACUGCCCCUCUACACAGGACCUUCCCCUUCAGUCUGCAGCACCUGGCACGUGCUGCCAUCUGCCGUCGGACCACCUAUGACGGGAUUGACGCUCUCCCGUUGCCGCCAGCAUUGCAAGACUUCCUUAAAGAGUAUCAUUACAAACAGAAAGUGCGUGUGCGGUGGUUAGAAAGAGAGCCACCACUCAAGGUCAAGUGA